AUGCUUGUUCGUGAAUCUACCGCGUAUCGAUGUCUGAAAGCAAAAGGAUUCUCCCAGUCAGGCGUUAUCCCUGAUUCCUACGGAACAAUGACGAACAUGCAACCAGCUCUCUGGCUAAAUCUACACAUGUCUCUCGAGGACGAGCUGCCUCCAGAUGCCGUCCUGGUUGAGUAUAUCCCAAAUUCGCAGCACAUAGACUUAUCGAAUUACUCAAACGAACGCCUGCAUACCCUGCGCGACAUCCAUUAUGAGAUUCAUCAGGCGAGAGUUUAUCACGGCGACGCGUAUCCGAGAAAUACGAUGAUAUCUAUGGGAGACUCGGGAGAGGAGGAUAGGGUGCUCUGGGUUGAUUUCGAUUCCUCACAGACCCUUCCGGAGGUCACUCUUACGGAGAGACAGGAAAAGUGGAUCAAGCGAGAUGUUGAUCUCAUGGAAAAUUUCGUUGGUGCUAUGGCAAAGCAUCACGAAGAAGACCGGCUGAAUAUCGCAUAA